AUGGCUGCCUGCUCGCACUGGCAUGAACUUGCUUUCUUGUUAGAAUUCAAAAACCCUCGUCUAGAUUCUGUAAGUUUGAUGUUCUUGUUUAAAAUACCGAUGAUUGCUUCGACUUAAUUGCGUUUAAAUGAAAAUAAUACGAUAUCUUAGCGAGUUUGUCUAUCUGAGGAUUUCAAUAUUUUAUUGUGUCCUUUAAAUACAGAAGGACAUUUAUUUAACAGAUAAGUUGCUGAAUAUUUUUUUUUACAAAUAUUAAUUUUAGGUAAAUAUAAUUAUUAAAAAAGUUAAUGUGUUUUGUAUAUGUGUUGAUAAGUAAAACUUAAUGUUGCACAUUUGUUUGUGGUGGGACAUUUACAUACAUAACCAUUAAAGUAGUGCAUAGUCUGAGUAGAAGACUUGUUAGGAAAUGGGACCUCUUGUGUCAAAUUCAAGAACUUGCAUGAAGCAUCUAUGCACAUGGGUUGUUAACCCUCUGUAUUUAAGGCCUGCAUUGGCUGGUUUACCACAACAUAACAUGCUUGCUGUCAGGUUUAUCAUAAAUCCAAACACACAACUUUACAGCACAAAAGGAGACAAACAAGCAGAAUUAUACAGCCAAGUUACCAAAGAAAAAGGAUUCACUCCCAGAACAAGGCCUGCAUUCCCAAAGUCAGUAUUCGCAGCUGGAACAGCCAAAAAAACUGCUGAAUAUAUGAAAAAGCGGGCUGGGAUUGAUACAGAAGAGCUGUCAAAUAAUACACCUGCGAGCGGCAGAGGAUAUCUAAAAGUUGCCCUUCCUGACCAUCCGCUGACCACAUCAGAAUGGGCAAAACUCAAAGAGGGUUCCUCCAAAUCUGAGCGCUUCGAGAUGCAAAUGAUGGAAAGACUGCUUUCGGCUAAUGCAGAUGUCAACAUCGCCAAAUCUCUCUUGGCGUAUGUGGUUCAGGACAAAGGCACCCUUUCUUACGAACUCCUUUUGAGGUAUCUAACGCUGUGUGUCACCGCUGGGCACCACUCUGAGGUAUUUGACACUUACGACAUCAUGAGAACUUGCUUUAAGACCCUUGAAACUGGAGCCUCGUCCCUGUUUAUUAAAGGUUUCAGUCAAACUGAACGUUGGAGGGAGGCGCUUGGCUUAUUGGAGGGUCUGAAAAAGGCCCUCCUGCCGUCUGCUCGGAACUAUGGUGAUGCCAUCACUGGGGCAGUACUUCAUGGAGACAUUGAGACGGGCUGGAAACUGUAUGACGAGCUUUUGGAACAGGGUAUUGAAUCUCAUCAGAGCACCUGGCAGUGCCUGUUUCAGAGUGGCAUCACUCAGCGUGGACAGGAGGACAAACUCUUUUCUGUCCUGUCAUAUAUGAGAGAUAAUCAGAUCUACCCAGAGGUGCUGCUGAUUAAAACUAUCAAAGCUUGGUUUGAGAGUUUACCAGAUCAGAAAUGGAGUGGGAAGUUCUCAUGCGUCGCCCCCAGUGGAGAGUGCAAAACUUGCAAGGCAUCACUGGAAUCCAUUCAACUGACUGAGGAAGAGUAUGCUCAGCUGAAGGAUGAAGUGAUGAAAAAAGUGAUAGAGGGAAGCGACAUCUUUAACAAAACUACCCCAGAGGAGCUUAAAUGCUUUAAAGCUUUCGUGAAGCAGAGGCCUCCCUUUGAUAUUGUCAUCGACGGUCUUAAUGUGGCUAACACUACACCCAAGGCCACCCACUCUGAGACGUUGCUGGCAGUCGUAUCGGAGUUGGAACGUCAGGGUCUGAACAUCCUGGUCCUCGGCAGAAAGCACAUGCUACAACCUUCCCGGAACUGGGACAGACAAAACAUGAACAAGAUAAAGCAGAAAUCCCACUGCUUCUUCACCGAGAACAUGUCUGAAGAUGACCCGUUUCUGCUGUAUGCUGCUUUGCACUCUGGCGUUCACUGUAACUUUCUUAGUCGUGAUCUGAUGAGGGAUCACAAAGCCUGCUUGCCAGACAGAGCAACCAGACGCCUCUUCUUCAAGUGGCAACGUGGACAUCAGUUGGUAAUCAGUAAUUAUGCCCCAGGAAAAAGGGUUCGGUUUCAGAGGAUCUCUGCUUAUGACACCAUUGUUCAGACCGCCGGCAGCUCCUGGCACAUUCCAUACGAUGAGAAUGGAGAUAGAGCCACAUAUGAAGUUCCUCAGAAAUGGCUUUGCCUUACUCAAGAACAUUGAGGCUUGAGUUACUGCUAGUGUGCUGCCUGAAAAAUAUACAUUAAAAUCAAUUUAAAUUAAAAUCAAUUUAAAAAAAAUGCAAAUUUGCAAAAUGUCCAAUUGUGUUUCUUCUGCUAUUUAACUACUUUUAUUUUAUAUAUACACCAACAAUAAAAAUGAACCCCACAGAGACCCUUACAAAUGUAAGCUUUUUCUAAACACAUAGUGGCAUAUUAAAGUGAUUUCUUUUCAUAAUACA